AUGCAAGUAGAGCCCUACAUUAAUAGCGUGUUGAAAAUACAGGAUAAUAGCACUCUAUCCAAUGCAAAACUAAAUCGAAGAAAGUAUUAGAAUGUUGUAUAUGAAAAUGAUGGACUCACUGUCAAAUACUAACCAAACCCAGAAACACAUGAAUACGUGUGCUUGUAAACAGACAAAGCUAUUACAUCCUCUUUUUAUUACUUUGAAGUUAAAAUCCUAAAAAAAGACAACACUAAGAAUAUUAUUUCCAUAGGGUUGGCUUUUGACGGUUAUCAAACAAACAAACCUUUGGGUAUUAUUGGUGGUAGUAUAGGGUACUACUGUGAUGGAAAAGUAAUUAUGAAAAAGCAAGAAAUUGAUUUGAAAUUGAAUCAAUAUAAACAGGAUGACAUUAUAGGAUGUGGUAUUCAUAAAUCAGAAGUCUUCUUCACACAUAAUGGAAUUCGAAGCUUGUAAACAGUCAAGGUUGAUUUUAAAGAGCCAUUCUACCCAACAGUGGUUUGCGGAGAUGUUUCGUGGUUUCGCUUCAACUUAGGAGCGAGUCCAAUGAUAUUUGAUUUUCAGAAAAUGUUGUAAAAGGAAAAGCAUGAAAUAAUUCAAGAGAUUGAUAAAUAAGAUGUAUCUCCUUACAGUCUUCAUCUCAUCAUUUAAGAGUAUUUAUGGAGUCAAGGAUACUUGAAUUCUUUGAAAUAAUUUGAGAGAGAAAGUUCUCUGCAAGAAAACGAGAAUAUGAGACUAGAGAAAAAACCAGAAGAAAUGAAUUAUGAAGACGAAUAGCAAUGUGAUGGCGACUUAAAACGAAAAUAGAGUCUACAAAUGACUCCGAUGUCUGCUUUACAAAGAAAAUUAAGUGGAUUGCAGAGUCCGAAUUUCCAAUAGAUUUCAUCAAUCGAAAGGAAAGUCAGUGGCUUCUAUUUAGAUGAGUAGGACAAUAAUAAUGAACUUAAUUAAAUAGCUGAAUAGGCAUUCUUGAAAGAUCAAUUAGUUAACUCAGAAAGAAUAAAAAUACAAUAACUCAUUCGAGAAGGUAAAAUUGCUGAUGUCCUUGAUAUCCUUAGUGAAAUGAUGCCAGGCUUUUUAUAAAAGGAGGGAGUCCAACAGACCUUGUAUGCCUAAUACUUUAUUGAAUUAAUGAAAAAGGACAAAGUCUAAGAGGCUAUAAAUUUGGGAUAAAUUCAUUUUAGUCAACAUUUAAAUUUUCAAGUAGAAUGUGUUGACUAGUAGCUAAAUCCUAUUAAAAUGAAAAUCGAAAGUAUUGUGGGUUUGCUAUGUUUUGAUGACAUUGGAAUCAGUGCUUUGAGAGGACUCAUUACUCAGCAGUAAAGAGAAAGGGUUUGUGAUUAUAUCAAUAGAAGUUUAUUAAUCGAAAUGGGAUAUGAGGAUGAAUCAGCAUUGGAAAUAUGUCUUAAAUAGCUAAUUUAGGUUUGCGGUCAAAUUUAAUAAAGAGGAUUGCUAGGGGGACAUUCAGUCUAGUUCUUAUGAUUAAUAUAAUUUAUUUUAUUUGAAAAUUGAUACUUAAAAGCAUUA